ACAGGGCUGUCCCGUGGCCCAGCACAGCAGAGGAGUGACCAGACCAACAUGUCGGGGACUCGCGCCUCCAACGACCGGCCCCCCGGCCCGGGCGGCGUCAAGCGGGGACGGCUGCAGCAGGAGGCGGCGGCCACGGGCUCCCGGGUGACCGUGGUGCUGGGCGCGCAGUGGGGGGACGAGGGCAAAGGCAAGGUGGUGGACCUGCUGGCCACGGACGCCGACAUCAUCAGCCGCUGCCAGGGGGGCAACAACGCUGGCCACACCGUGGUGGUGGACGGCAGGGAGUAUGACUUCCACCUACUGCCCAGCGGCAUCAUCAACACCAAGGCCGUGUCCUUCAUCGGCAAUGGGGUGGUCGUCCACUUACCCGGCUUGUUUGAAGAAGCAGAAAAGAAUGAGAAGAAAGGUCUGAAGGACUGGGAGAAGAGGCUUGUCAUCUCCGACCGCGCCCACCUCGUGUUUGAUUUUCACCAGGCGGUCGACGGGCUGCAGGAAGUGCAACGGCAGGCCCAGGAGGGCAAGAAUAUCGGCACCACCAGGAAGGGGAUCGGACCGGCUUACUCUUCCAAAGCUGCGCGCACGGGCCUCCGCGUCUGCGACCUCCUGUCGGACUUUGAUGAAUUUUCCGCCAGUCACUGCCAGCCUCACAGACAAGACCCAGACAGGACUGGGGGUCGCUCCAGGUCUCAGGACAGGUUUGCAGGCCAGGCCUCUUUCGGGAAAGGAAUGCACUGGAGGUGUCUGGCUGUCAGGAGGGGACUGGCCCCACCGCAGCCUCCUCUGCCUCCCCCGCAGGGCUUUGCUGAGCGGAUCCGACCCAUGGUCCGAGACGGCGUCUACUUUAUGUACGAGGCGCUCCACGGCACCCCCAAAAAAAUCCUCGUGGAAGGUGCCAAUGCAGCCCUCCUUGAUAUUGACUUUGGGACCUACCCCUUUGUGACGUCAUCCAACUGCACCGUGGGCGGCGUGUGCACAGGCCUGGGCAUCCCCCCGCAGAACAUAGGCGAGGUCUACGGUGUGGUGAAGGCCUACACCACACGCGUGGGCAUCGGCGCCUUUCCCACCGAGCAGAUCAAUGAAAUCGGAGACCUGCUACAGAGCCGUGGCCACGAGUGGGGGGUGACCACAGGCAGGAAGAGGCGGUGCGGCUGGCUGGACCUGAUGAUUCUCAGAUAUGCUCACAUGGUCAACGGCUUUACCGCGCUGGCCUUAACGAAACUGGACAUCCUGGAUGCCCUGGACGAGGUGAAAGUCGGCGUCUCGUACAAGCUGAACGGGAAGAGGAUCCCCUAUUUCCCAGCGAACCAGGAGAUACUGCAGAAGGUUGAGGUUGAAUACGAAACGCUGCCUGGGUGGAAGGCGGACACCGCGGGCGCCAGGAAGUGGGAGGACCUCCCCCCGCAGGCCCAGAACUACGUCCGGUUCGUGGAGAAUCACGUCGGAGUGGCAGUGAAAUGGGUUGGGGUCGGCAAAUCAAGAGAUUCGAUGAUCCAGCUCUUUUAGACGGAGAGCGCUGAGCCUGCGGAGCGCAGCAGCCCUGUCCCUCAUCGGCAGCCGCAGAGUCACCGCCCGAAACGCAGAAGUAGGAAAACUAGUUUCUGUACUUUUAUAUAUCUCUCCAAGCCUUCAGCUCAGCCAUCGAUUUCUACAGUGAUCCAAACAUCUGACGGCCAGCGUUGUGUAUGUUUGUUUUUUUUUUUAAAUCCUGCUACUGAAAAUGAGCCAAAGUACUCAAAACAGAGAACUUUUAUGGCACAUUAAUUGUCACAUGGUUGUAUGGCUGGCUGGAGCCGUUUAGUAAUAAACAUACGCAGUAGCCACUGAGUAGUGGUGAUCGGUC